UCACACGUUAUUGCACCCGUACAGCGCUGUCGCAAAUCAUUAUUAAACCAACAAAAUAAUGGCAAAAAUCUUGAUUUUUCUCCCCCAUUUUUUUAUUGUGUUUCAGGAGUUGAAACUGUCAGAUAAAAGCGACAAGUCGGAUAUAAUGCGAAGUAGAUUUGCAAAGAUUUCCCCUGUCUCUGCUUUUUGCCUUUUCGUUUCCCUAAAAGCAGAUCUCUUUCUCUCUCUGUGAUCUUACAAACCCACCAUCCAUUCAUUCAACCAACCCCACCGCCCCAUAAUCCAUAUAUAUACAAAAGUUGAGGCUUUGUUUUUCCGAAUGUAUAUUCUUCGCUCCCAAGCAUAUAUUGUUGCACUCCAGCUGACCUGUGACAGAUUUCACGGAUAAUUUCUACAUACAUUUUGAAGCAGCCAAGGUGUUUGUGGAAUAGCCCACAAGAGGAAAAUGUCUGUGGAGGAUAUCGGGAGCGACUGCUCUUCAAGUGGUGAUCAAGAAUUCCAUGUUCUCGCUGUGGAUGACAGCCUUAUUGACAGGAAGGUCAUUGAGCGCUUGCUCAAGAUUUCUUGCUGCAAAGUGACUGCUGUGGAAAGUGGGAGUCGAGCUCUGCAGUAUUUGGGUAUAGAUGGAGAGAGAAGCUCUCUUGGAUUUGAUGAGUUGAAGGUGAAUCUGAUAAUCACGGACUACUCCAUGCCUGGAAUGACUGGAUAUGAACUUCUCAAAAGGAUCAAGGGCUCGACCAAAUUGAGGCAAAUACCGGUUGUGAUCAUGUCGUCUGAGAACAUUUUGGCUCGAAUCGAUAGGUGCUUGGAAGAAGGGGCAGAGGACUUCCUGAUGAAACCGGUGAAGCUCUCAGACGUGGAGAGGUUGAGGGAUUUCAUGUUGAGAGGCGGGGAGACGAAGGUAGGGCGCAAGAGGAAGAUGCGAGAUGAUUCUUUCUCCUCAUCUCUGCUUAGCAGCUGUGACUGUGAUCAUCCUCUGUCUCCAAUAUCAGUCUCCGGAAUGGCACACCACAAACCUCUCAGGAAGCGCUCGAGGCUGCUCGCAACUGAGUGACCGAUGUUUAGGGUUUGGACGCGACGUUUUGUGGAUUGGAUUGUACAUGAAAAUUGAGAUUGGGAAUUCAAGAAGGAUGUUUCAAGGCAAUGAGGAUGCAGGUUUUUUGAAUGGUUCGUGCUGCCUCGGUUAAUUUUUUUUUUUUUUUACAUUAGGUUGGUAUAAAAUUAGGAAACAUAGAUGGGAUAAUUUUGUGGUAAAUAAUGAAAAUCUGAUGAGCUAUGACAAGUUGAAGCUUCACUGUCUUUUUGUACAAUUGGCAGAACAGAAUUUUUUGUAGAUCCUCUCUCUUUAGAAAUGGAAUGUCUAUUUGCAGAA